AUGGGAGAAGAGCUCAAAUUCACCAUCACUACUGAAGAGUGUCUGCAAGGUCUAACAGCUCCUGACAAGACCCCGUGCCAUCGAAUGCUGCAGUGGCACGCUGACCCCCUCGCACACGAGUGCUUGCUGCCAGGGCCACUACCCGAUACCAGGGAACCUGGUGUUCAGCCCCACCUCUGGAUGUGGGUAAACCCAAACCUGGUCUGCUCCAUCCCUGGAAGCCCUGGCAUGGACCCAGCCAGAUCCAACGGUCCAGUGGCCUCAGUCCCUGAUGCUAUGGAAACCUCCUCUCCAAACACAUCCUGGGACUACUCUGACUCAGAUUGCUUCAAGGAGGAUGUGGUGUCAUCCUCCAGUGAGGCUGGAAAGCUUACUGAGAAUGAAGAUGCUUUACCGGCUCCUCAGGAGAUGCUGGAAACUCCCGAACCCAAAGCAAUUCUGAUGCCUCAAACAUCUGCAGUCCUGAGACCUCACAGUGGGACACUCCAGUACCCCAAGCAGACAAGCACUGAAACCAAGGGAGGCUGGCCCCGUCCCCCCCUGAAUUACUGCCUCCUCAUCACCCUCGCCCUGUGCAACAGCACCAGUGGCAGUCUGACCGUGCAGCAGAUCUACCAGUUCACACGAAGCUGCUUUAAGAAAACUACUGGCUUUGUGUGUGGUGAAAGAAACCGCAAGUCCCGGCUGUGGAAACUGACUGCAGAAGGACGCAGAAGGUUUCAGAAGGAAGCACUGGCUCUGCCCAAGGAGGCUCUCGACUUGGUGCGCCAAAGCAUGAGCAAACCAGAUCUCAUGACAUCUCUCUUCAGCCUGUGA